GGUGUGGGUCACACUAUGGAGCCACCCCACUGACUGCCCCCCAGCGUGGCUGCGCGGUGCUAUGGGGGGUGUGUGUGGGGCAGGCUAUGGGGCAGCUGUGGAUUCCUAUGGGGCAGGUGUGGAUCACGCUAUGAGGCCGCCUCACUGACUGCCCCCCAGAAUGGGCUGCGCAGUGCUAUGGCGUGUGUGUGUGGCAGGCUAUGGGGCAGCUGUGGGGUAGGCUCUAGGGUGUGUGUGGGUCACACUAUGAGCCCGCCCCACUGACCACCCCCCAGCAUGGCUGCGUGGCAGUAUGGGGUGUGUGUGGGGCAGGCUGUGGGUCAGGCUGUGGGGUGUGUGUGGGUCACACUAUGGGGCCACCCCACUGACUGCCCCCCAGCAUGGCUGCGCAGUGCUAUGGGGUGUGUGUGGGGCAGGCUGUGGGUCAGGCUGUGGGGUGUGUGUGGGUCACACUAUGAGGCCGCCCCACUGACCGCCCCCCAGCAUGGCUGCGCGGCACUAUGGGGUGUGUGUGGGGCAGGCUGUGGGGUGUGUGUGGGUCACACUAUGGGGCCGCCCCACUGACCGCCCCCCAGCAUGGCUGCGCGGCGCCAGCCUGGCCGUGCUGGUGCUGCAGAACGCGUCGCUGGUGCUGAGCAUCCGGUACGUGCGCACGCGGCCGGGGCAGCGCUUCCGGCCCAGCACCGCCGUCGUCAUGGCCGAGCUCCUCAAGGGCAGCGCCGGGUUCCUGCUCCUCGUCCUUCAGCACCGCGGCAGCGUGCGGCAGGCGCUGGGGACGCUCCAAGGGGCGCUGUGGGGACACGCGGGGGACACACUGCGCCUGGCGGUGCCAUCGCUCAUCUACACGCUGCAGAACAACCUCCAGUACGUGGCCAUCUCCAACCUGCCCGCGGCCACCUUCCAGGUCACCUACCAGCUGAAGAUCCUCACCACCGCCGUGUUCUCGGUGCUGCUGCUGGGCACCCCGUUGUCCCGCACCCAGUGGCUGUCCCUGGCGCUGCUCUCCAUGGGCGUCGCGCUGGUCCAGGCCGAGCAGGGUGACAGCGGCGGCGACACCGGGACCCCCUUGUCCCCAUUGGAAGGACCCCCCCAGAGCUACGCCGUGGGGCUGGCGGCCGUGGCCGCCUCCUGCUUGUCCUCGGGCUUCGCCGGGGUCUACUUCGAGCGGCUGCUCAAGAGCCGCGGCGGCUCCAUCUGGCUCCGCAACGUGCAGUUGGGCGCCGUGGGCACCGUCUUGGCCUUGGCCGCUAUGGCCGCUACCGACGGCGCCGCCGUGGCCGCCGACGGCUUCUUCUACGGCUACACCGGGGCCGUGUGGGCCGUGGUGCUGAACCAGGCGGCCGGGGGGCUGCUGGUGGCCGUGGUGGUGCGAUACGCGGACAACAUCCUGAAGGGCUUCGCCACGGCGCUCUCCAUCCUGGCCUCCACCGCUGCCUCCGUCCAUCUCUUCGGCUUCAGGCCAAGGGGGCCCUUCUUGGCCGGCACCGCCAUGGUGCUGGCGGCUGUGUACCUCUACGGCCGGCCCCAGUAUCACCAGUGGCACCAGCAGCAACAGAGCCAGAGCCAACAGCAGCAGCAGCACGAUACCAGCACCAGCGGCAAGUCUCCUCCCUCCAAGGACAAAGGCUCCUGAUGGGAUCAACCGCCCCCCCCCGGGCCCUAUACAGGCCCUAUAGGGGCCAUAGAGACUCCUCUGGGCCCUAUUGAGACUGUACAGCCCCCCCCACAAUGGGCCCUAUGGGGGUCCUAUAGACACUCCCCCCCCCGCCCCCCUCGGGUUUAAUGUUGCUUUUGGGGUGAAUUAAGGUCAUUUUGGUCAA